AUGCUUCAACAAUACAAGCCACUGGCAAGCACCACCAAUGAUCACACCCAUUUCCAUGCCAACGUGACGCACCAGACACCGCUCGACUAUGCGCUGCCGCUCUACGGCUACGUCAUGCCGGUGCUGCUGGCCGUCACCAUCGUGGCCAACACGCUGAUCGUGGUGGUGAUGAGUCGGCACCACAUGCGCACGCCUACCAACUUGGUGCUGAUGGCCAUGGCUGUGUCCGACAUGCUGACGCUCCUGCUGCCGGCACCGUGGAUGCUCUACAUGUACACCUUCGGCAACUACCGCAAGCCGCUGGACUCGAUAUACGCGUGUUACAUGUACGUGACGAUGACGGACACGUUGCCUUCGCUGUUCCACACGAGUAGUAUCUGGCUGACGCUGGCGCUGGCGGUGCAGCGGUAUGUGUACGUCUGCCACCAGGCCGCGGCCCGCGCCUGGUGCACCGAGCCGCGCGUGUCACGAGCCAUCGCCUGGAUCUACCUGCUCGCGCUGCUGCACCAGGCCAGCCGCUUCUUCGACCGCAGCUUUGACGUGCUGGAGGUCAUCUACGCCGGGCGCGUCACGCCCAGCUGCUCCAUCGGCCUGCCGCACUGGGUCACGCAUGCCGUCACCGAAAAUGUCUACUUCGGCUUCUACUUCGGCUUCCGCCUCCUCUUCAUCCAUCUGCUGCCGUGCGUGUCGCUGGUGGUGUUUAACAUAUUGUUGUUCCGCACGCUGCAGGCAGCGCAGGCCAAGCGUCUGCAGCUCUUCAGGAACAGCUCUUCCAACGGCAAGCGGGAUUGCAGGACGGCCAUGGACUCCAACUGCACGACCAUGAUGCUGAUCGUAGUGGUCAGCGCCUUCCUGAUCGUGGAGAUUCCACUGGCGGUGGUCACCUGCCUUCACAUCGUCCAGAACCUGAUGGGAAACACAGAGCUGCUGGAUUAUAACAUCAGCCAGGCGCUGGUCGUCGUCAUCAACUUCAUCAUCAGCCUGUCGUACCCUAUCAACUUCGCCAUCUACUGUGGGAUGUCCCGGCAGUUCCGGGAGACCUUCCGGGACCUCUUCAUCACGGGCAAAAUGGCGCACUUCUCCAUAUCGGGCAGCGGUCGGUACUCAACCACCAACGGGCCCAGAACGGAUACCAUGCUCUGAAUACUAAGUCACGUCUGAGGCUAGCCUAUGUUGGGGCACACAUGCGACGACGGUGACGACAGGAUUCAGAGUGUCUUGACCACUAAAUGGCGGGUACCACAGCUUAGUUGGUGCGAUAUCCUGCUAGAUGUACAUAUUUGGCCGAAUAGCUGAACCCAGUCUCUGUAUUAAGCUGCCGCUCUUUUCGUACCACAUACAUUUGGAUGAUUAGGAUGUUGACACACGUUAGUAAUAUUUUGACGAAUGGAGUUCAGGACACUUUGACUGCUGUCUGACACCGAUCGUGGGAUGCAGCUGUCAUCCUCUCGCAAACUACGUCGGAGCUCUUAAAUUAAACUGGAUCAUGCAUAUUGCAUGUUGAAUGGGCGACUACAUUCAGGCGUUGAAGAUGAGUCGGUGUGGGGAGUAAGACGCACUCACCCGCCAUUAGUGUUUGCUUUAAAGAGUUGUGCAUAGCAUUCCAUUACAGUGGACGUAGUCUUGGGUGUAAACGUUACGUGUUUAAUGGAUUGUUCAGCUUAUGUCUUUGUUGCGGAAACAGGUUCCUGAUAUCUUCCUGUAAAGAAUGGCAAAGAUAUGUUUCGCUUUUGCAUUAUCUUGACAUUGCCCCGACCGCCUAGGAUGGUAGUCUGCAUAAUUCUGACAUGAGCUUACAGGAUGUUAAAAUGUGAAUCUGGCCGAACUCAGGUCAUUUGCUAGUGUGAGACAUCUGUCAUUUGCCAGUGUGAAUCUGUCAGGCCAUCCGUCCUGACUAGUGGUUAUGAGUAACUGACGUGCACAACACAGACGGCGGCGUACGUGUGCUAUGACUGUAUCCGACUGGGCAGAGCUGGCACUGAACUGUAGAAUCUCACGGAACCUCGGCGGUCAUCUGCGCUUACCUUCCGUCAAUCCCUGAGGGGUUUUGCGGUACUGAGGUGAACCGCUGUGAUUGGAGCUUCAGCUUAAUGUCGCCUUGUGAAUCUGAUAAGCAUGUCCAGAAACAUGAAUGCUGUGUUUGUAUUUCUUUUAUGUAAUUGUGGAGGCUUACGUUGGGAGCGUUACGCGGAGUCCUGUUGCAUGUUAAAUAAAGUUUAUUCCACGCUCGUAUGAUGUAGUGGGUUUUGGAUGUGUGUUCCAAGUGGGUGUUACUUGUUCAAUGUACUACAACAGCGUGGUGCAGCUAGAGGAUCGGCUAUGUCUGUUGCCCACAGUUGUACCACCAGAGCA